AUGGAAGCUGCACGCAUUCUAGCGGUUUUUCCAAGCCCAGCGAAAAGUCAUCAGAUAGUGUUUCGUGCCUUAGUUGAAGGGUUGCUUGCAAAUGGGCUUCAAUUGACCGUGAUGGGUCCUGAUCCCAUUCAAACGGACAAUCCCAAUAUCACUCAAAUCGACUGGAGCUUCGCGUAUAAAAUCAUCGAACAGGAAUCGGAUGUGGCACGUGCUACCCAGGAAAGAUGGAGCCCUCUGCGAGUGGCUGAACAAGUGUUACUGGUGGCGAAGUUGUUCAUGAAGGCGGAAUUAAGUCAUCCUGAAGUGAAAGCUUUGAUCAAGAAUCGAAGAAAUAACUGUUUUGACGUAGUGAUUGUUGAGUAUUUUCAAAUGACGCCGUAUCAUGCAUUUGCUGAGCUGUUCAAUGCUCCACUGAUCGGGAUCACAUCAAUCGAUACCAUUUCUAUGGUACACUCCUCCGUGGGCAAUGUCGCGAAUGUGGUUGCUCAUCCAGAACUGCAUCUUAAAUUUACAACGAAUUUAAGUUUUCUUCAGCGUCUACAGGCUUUUGUUGAUAGGCUUUUUGUGAACUUUUAUCUAAUGCCACGGGAAUUUGCGCAGUAUGAUGAAAUAAUAGAACAUCAUUUUGGUAGCAACAUGACUAAAUCGAAGCAGUUAAUGAAUCGAGUUGAUUUCUUAAUGGUUAACACAGAGCCGGCACUGGGAUUCAUUCGACCUCUGGUGCCACAAUCUAUCCAAUUAGGGUUUUUGCACAUUAAACCACCACAGCCAUUAGAUGGUGAAUUACAGCGUUAUUUGGACAGUUCACACCAUGGAGUGAUUUAUUUCAGCUUGGGUACAUUGAUUCGUACCAGCUCGUUGAACCAGCAUAACAUCCGGUUGUUCAUCGAUGUGUUUAAAUCGUUGAAAUACAAUGUACUGUGGAAGUGUGACAGUGAAAUCAAUCUAGAAGGAGCUCGCAAUGUGCGACUUAUGUCGUGGGUACCUCAACAGGAUGUUCUAGGUAGGUAUUACAAGAGGUAG